UAUUUAAUUUUUUUUUUAGACUUUUAGAUAAAUUUAUAAAAUACCGAAAUGAGCGGUGGUCUUGCUCCGAGUAAAAGUACUGUGUAUGCGAGUAACUUACCAUACCAACUCACGAAUAAUGAUCUUCAUCAAAUAUUCGGAAAAAUGGGAAAAGUUGUGAAAGUUACGAUUGUUCGUGAUAAAACAACACGACAGAGUAAAGGACUUGCUUUUGUUCUUUAUUUAAAACAAGAAGACGCUUUCAAAGCAACUAAAAUAAUUGACGGCAAGCAGUUAUUUGGUAGAACGAUAAAAUGCAGUUUAGCAAAAGAUAAUGGACGAGCAAAAGAAUUUAUACGCCGGAAAGAAUACCGAGACAAAAGUAGAUGUUAUGAGUGCGGUGAAGCGUUUCAUUUAAGCUACAAAUGUCCUAAAAACAUGCUCGGAGAUCGACAACCCCCUCCCCAGAAAAAGAAACGCCCAAAACAAAAAUUUGAACCGCCAACUACAAGAAAAAAACAAAAAUUAGAAAAAAGUUUUGACAAUGAUGAUCAAAGUAGCGAUGAUGAAAUAUAUCUUGAAAGCUCAGCUUUUGAAAGUUUGAGUCACGUUAUUGCGGAAGAAAGCGUGCAAUUUAGUGGAUACCGCCAUCAAAGUUCAGUAACGAAGCCCAAAAAGAUGAAAUUUCAAAAAGAUUCGUACUUCAGUGAUGAGGAAGAGUUGACAACAUAGCAAUAUGCAACAGUCGAAGCAAUAGCGCCAACUGUGUCAUUGCAGAGUUCUCAGGGUCAAAUCCAGUGCCGAUCACCUCAUUCACCAAUAGUGCAAUGAUUUGGUAGGUAGUGUUAAACCAGGAAGAUCCUUUCGAAAAGUGGCUACUCCCCUAUAUGGGGCAGUGCAACCUUUAAUACAAAAGGGAAGCAUACAAAUAGCUGGAUGAAACCACGUACCAGAUUUAUUUUGCGAGCCGCACACCAUACAAAAUUGGCACUUCUCCAUAGGCCACAUAAUUUUCUUUGUGGGCCUAUUUGGCUCACGGGCUCGGUUUGCACAACCCUGCUCUGCAUUGAUGAAUGAAAUACAAACCAGCAGCAGUAUGCAUGCAAUGCCCUCUAGGCUUGAGAGGCUUCACAUGAAACAUUGUUUAGAAUGUCUGCCCAGAUAUGGACUGAGAAAUUGCACAAGCCAAUAAUGAGAUUUAGUCUUGCCACCAAUUCUAUAAUUUCAUUGCUAGGGAUCAAAAUGCUAAUUCUAGAUCGCGAGGAGUUUUUGAAUAAAGUAAUGUACUUAAAAUCUCUACAAUUAGAUAUUGGAACUUUGUGUGCUGUUAUUUAACAAAGCUACAGUUCCCCUGUGGCACCCCCAGCAAAUUGUCCAAUUAUCUUUCUAUUAGUGAACGAUAGAUUUUCUACUGGUUGAAAAAAAUAAACUUGGCAUGGUCAGAAUGA